CGAGAGGAUAUCAAUGCUGGUGAUACUGCUGAACUGCGUGACCCUCGGCAUGUACCAGCCCUGCGUUGAUGACCAGUGUGUCACCAACAGAUGUAAGAUUUUACAGGUAUUCGACGACAUAAUAUUUGCAUUUUUCACCUUGGAGAUGACGAUCAAAAUGGUCGCCAUGGGAAUAUACGGCCACGGCACCUAUCUCGCAGACUCUUGGAAUAGACUGGACUUUUUCAUUGUCAUGGCUGGGGCACUAGAAUAUGCUUUGAACGUGGAAAAUAUAAAUUUAUCGGCCAUAAGAACGAUCCGAGUACUCAGACCCUUGCGGGCUAUCAACAGGAUACCUAGCAUGCGUAUCCUCGUGAUGCUUCUCCUGGACACUUUACCUAUGUUAGGGAACGUCCUGCUGCUGUGUUUCUUUGUCUUCUUCAUAUUCGGCAUCGUUGGAGUUCAGCUUUGGGAAGGUAUACUGAGGCAGCGGUGUGAAUUGGUCCUACCACCAAACGUUUUACGGCCCAACAUCUCGUUUCACUACGAGUUUUCGAAAGAGCUGGACUACAUUUGCACGACGCCUGAAGACAGUGGAAUGCACUUGUGUGGAAACUUCCCACCAUAUCGCUACGGACCUCUGGUGUGCAAUGAGACCGCCAAGCCAUUUUCAUACAACCAUCCAACUAACAGUUCAUGCGUCAACUGGAAUCAGUAUUACACGAAUUGCACGCAACGGGGUUCCAAUCCAUUCCAAGGGACGAUAUCUUUCGAUAACAUCGGUCUUGCAUGGGUUGCAAUAUUCUUGGUAAUAUCUUUGGAAGGUUGGACAGACAUAAUGUAUUAUGUACAAGAUGCGCACAGUUUUUGGGACUGGGUCUACUUUGUUCUUCUCAUUGUGAUUGGAUCGUUCUUUAUGAUCAACCUUUGCCUAGUCGUCAUAGCGACUCAAUUCAGCGAAACAAAGAAACGCGAAAUGGAAAGAAUGCGGGUUGAAAGGGCUAGAUUUACGUCGACUUCGACACUCGCCUCGUCUACAAACAAUAGCGAACCAGCUACCUGUUACGCUGAAAUUGUCAAGUAUGUCGCACAUUUAUGGAGAAGAUUUAAAAGACGUAUGGCUAAGAAAAUCAGAGUUUACAAAUAUCAACGGGCGGAACUACAAUGGCGGACUAGCAGAGAAACUCUUCAACUACCCGCAAAUCGCCCAAAACAGCAUCACCCUUGUUGUCCCCGAGUUCAUCCGCAGGGCAACGGAAAAAGUUUGACAGAGGAAGUGGGGGACGAACCCCUCACUAGGCCGAGCCUAAUGCGCGUGCCAUCGCUUUCGGCUGCUGAUCUCGAGAACGCAUCAAACCUGUCGCUCUUAUCACCGCCAUCUCUCACCCGGAGACGAUCUUCAGUCAUGUUCAGCGAUACUGUUCUUCUACAUGUACCGAAUGCACAGCACUUAGCACAUCCUCACAACGUGUGCUCUUCUGAGAAGAUGACACAAACCGAUUCAUUGUGUCAACGUGACUGGCUUAAGUGCCAAAGUGAGUUCGACCUGCCUACAGGGGAGACCGCCGAGGAAAGAGCGGCAGCCGGUGGAACCAUGUCAUGUCAAGAACUCCUGGCUUUAUCUGGAGCCUUGUCAGCCGCUUUACCAACUGGCCAAGUUGCUUUGGACUCUUUUUUCGAGGAACUAACUAAGGGAAUAAGUAAAAGAGCGGGCGAUGAAAAAAUGGAUACCAAGAUUAUUGAAAUAGAUGACUUUUCCUGUUGUGCUGAGUUAAUAGCAGCAGAAGCAGCGGCGGCUGAAAAGAAAAAAAGUCGAUUUUCAAGUGCUUGCAUAUUCUUUUGGAGGGAGACAUCCAAACUAUUUUCACUAAUGCGGAAGCACAUAAAAAUCAUUGUUAAUCAUAAGUACUUUCAACAAGGUAUUUUACUCGCAAUAUUGAUAAACACUUUAUCAAUGGGCAUUGAAUAUCAUAAUCAACCUGAAGAAUUAACAGUGAUUGUUGAGAUAAGCAAUGUUGUGUUUUCUGCUAUAUUUGCUGUGGAAAUGAUUCUUAAAAUAAUUUCUGAAGGACCUUUUAAAUAUAUUUCCAAUGGAUUCAACGUGUUUGACGGCGUGAUAGUGAUUUUAAGUGCAUUUGAAUUAACACAAAGUAUGGGUAAUGAACACGAUCUAGCUGGAAGUUCAGGUUUAUCGGUUCUGCGGACGUUUCGACUCCUGCGCAUUUUGAAACUUGUGCGCUUCAUGCCUAAUUUGAGACGACAACUCUUUGUUAUGUUGAGAACUAUGGACAACGUUGCAGUAUUUUUUUCUCUUCUUGUACUUUUCAUUUUCAUAUUCAGCAUCCUCGGUAUGAACAUCUUCGGGUGCAAAUUCUGCAAGAACGAUGAAGAGGGCGAUCUAGAGUGCGACAGAAAAAACUUUGAUACGCUCUUGUGGGCCUUUGUCACGGUGUUUCAGUUCGUCGAAGAUAACGGAACUGAGCGGGACUGCACCUGCCCGGAAAUCGUUUCUCACCAUCCCAAGUGUGAAUGUGACAGGAAACAUUUUAAUAAUAUUCUCUGGGCCACGGUUACUGUCUUUCAGGUUUUAACUCAGGAAGACUGGAAUGUUGUACUUUUUAAUGGUAUGGAGAAAACUAGCCAUUGGGCUGCCUUAUAUUUUGUCGCAUUGAUGACUUUCGGCAACUAUGUAUUAUUCAACUUACUUGUGGCUAUUUUAGUUGAAGGAUUCAGUUCAGAGAGAAAUGAAAGAAGGGAGCGAGAGCAACGCGAAUUAGCCAAAUCAAAACUGUCGAGUGAAUGUUUUUCUGACAAUAACGAAAUGCAAUACGAUGAUUCUAAUUCGGGAUCACACUCCAGCGACAGUAUUUCACAGAACGAAAUCAAAAACUUCUGGAAAUCAGCGGAUGAUGUUAGAAAAGCUAAAGAUGAUGUCAACGGUCAAAAAGAUAAAGUUUCACGGUCACGUCGUAAGACAAAGAACUCUUCUCACCAUCCUUCACUCUGCAAAGACUGUGCACAAUCAAAUAAGUGCAAUAUACAGAAAGAAUCAAAAAUGCUUGCUGCGGGAACAUCGGAUAAUAAUAGUACCAUUGUACCGAUGAUAACACACACAGCAGCUACACCGCAAGACUCACCAUCGACAACUUUAGAACCUGGUGCAACAUUCAGGGACUUUAAUGUAGCAUUAACUUUAGAAAGAGCUACAAUGCUUUCAAGCUUAGAUUCUAUCGACCGAACAUCUUGUCCCAAUAUACCAGGGUUACUUAAACCGCCAAACAGCUACACACUAACACUUCAUUCUGCAGCUGCUCAAUUAGGUGCUGAAAAAGCACGACUUCCUCCAUUGACCCUCGCUCCCCCACCCCUGACCUUGGCUCCACCUCCAUCUAGGUCUACAACCCCUGGGUCUACUACACCAACAACUCCUAGGUCACUACCGUCACCAAUGUUUCCAGAAAAAAAUCUUCAGGUGACGAUUGCUAAAGAUGAGAACUGUCUUAAUGUCAGCGACAAGUCUAGUUUGCUCAGUUCGCUAAAAAGUAUAACAAUUACUACACCGAUUAUAAGUGGAGAAGAUAAAUGCAAAGUUCAACGUGGUUAUAGUUGGAAACCCAGCUUAGUACGUAAAAAGCAACGAACCGGCUCCGACUCUGAUGCGGUAGUGCUGAACAAUGGACGGGAUCACAUUGCGUGCAAUGGUUCUAGCUUCAGAAAAAAUGAAUUACUUCUGUCAUCAUCGAUGGUGAUAAAAAACGAUACACAAUCCGAAUUACCAAAUAAUAGAUCAAAAGUAGAGAAACGAAGAGUUUCUGCUCACACUGCUCCUGUACUGCCAGACGUGUCAUGGAAAGCUCCAGAAGCUGGAUUUUCUUCGGACUCCACAGUCAGGCUAGAUACGGUUAAAGCUCCUUCUCACAGACUUUCCCUCACUAACGAGUACAUAACAGUGACAUCAAUAUCAGAAGUUAAAACUAGUAAUUUGACUCCUGUAACUCCACAAGUUGCACAGGUACCACCACGAUUAUCCAGACAGGAAUCCUUGAAGCCUAACAACCAAGGCUUGCCGUUGAUGAAACAAAUCAAUGAGGAGGUGGCAAUAAACAACAAUGUCUGUAUAUUCUCAUCGAGAUUCGAUAGGAGGCGGUUUAGGUUUAAAGACCUUUUUCGAUUUAUGGAGCCGACGGGGUGCCUUAAGGAAAAAGAAGAUUAUUCUCUUUACAUAUUUGCACCAGAUAACAAGAUAAGAAGAUUAUGCACAUGGAUGGUAACCAGGAGCUGGUUUGACAACAUAGUUUUAUUGUUCAUAGCUUUAAAUUGUAUAACUUUGGCCAUGGAGCGGCCAAACAUUCCGCCUGACUCAAAAGAAAGAUCUUUUUUGUCUAGCGCAAAUUACGUUUUCACUGUGGUAUUUGCUGUGGAAAUGUUUAUAAAGGUUGUAGCAUCUGGAAUGUUUUACGGUGCUGAUGCCUACUUUACUUCAGGAUGGAACAUAAUGGAUGGAUCACUCGUCAUUAUAUCAAUUAUUGAUCUACUUAUGUCAUUAGUUUCUGAGUCUAGCCCUCGGAUAUUUGGUAUUUUAAGGGUAUUUAGAUUGCUACGAUCUCUGAGACCUCUGAGAGUAAUAAAUCGAGCUCCAGGGUUAAAGUUAGUAGUACAAACGUUGUUAUCAUCAUUGAGACCUAUUGGAAAUAUUGUCCUAAUAUGUUGUACAUUUUUUAUAAUUUUUGGUAUUUUGGGAGUGCAGUUAUUCAAGGGGGCAUUCUUCUACUGUGAAGGUGCAAAUAUUAAGAGUGUCAAAAACAAAUCUGAUUGCCUAGCCAUAGAUGGUAAUGUUUGGGUUAAUAGAAAGUACAAUUUUGAUGACUUGGGCAAAGCCCUGAUGUCACUGUUUGUAUUAAGCUCUAGAGACGGCUGGGUAAAUAUUAUGUAUACGGGACUGGAUGCGGUUGGAGUUGAUCAACAGCCAAUCAUCAACUAUUCAGAAUGGCGUCUACUUUAUUUUAUUGCAUUCAUCCUUUUGGUGGGAUUCUUCGUGCUGAACAUGUUUGUCGGUGUGGUGGUAGAAAACUUCCAUCGUUGUCGAGAAGAACAAGAGAAAGAAGAAAGAGUUCGACGAGCUGCUAAAAGAGCACUUCAGAUGGAAAAGAAAAGACGAAAAAUGCAUCAAAGACCUUACUACGCCGAUUAUUCUCAAACGCGUCUUUUUGUACAUAACGUGGUAACGUCUAAAUACUUUGAUUUAGCUAUAGCAGGGGUAAUUGGACUAAAUGUUGUAACUAUGGCAAUUGAGUAUUACAGAAUGCCUCCAGCAUUGCAGUACGCCUUGAAAAUUUUCAAUUAUUUUUUCACCGCCGUCUUUAUACUUGAAGCAGUUAUGAAACUUGUAGCGCUAGGAUUUAAAAUCUACCUAAAAGACAAAUGGAAUCAACUUGAUGUAAUAAUUGUUAUACUAUCAAUAGUAGGAAUAGUACUAGAAGAACUGGAGACUAAUAUAAUCCCAAUAAAUCCUACUAUAAUGCGGGUGAUGAGAGUUCUAAGAAUUGCAAGAGUACUGAAGUUGUUGAAGAUGGCGAAAGGCAUAAGAGCAUUGUUGGAUACUGUAAUGCAAGCUCUACCGCAAGUGGGAAACUUGGGUCUGCUGUUUUUUCUAUUGUUCUUUAUUUUUGCUGCUCUAGGUGUCGAAUUGUUUGGACGACUAGAAUGCUCUGAUGAAAUUCCAUGUCAAGGUCUUGGUGAGCACGCUCAUUUUGCUAACUUUGGAAUGGCAUUCCUGACAUUAUUCCGAGUUGCAACUGGCGAUAAUUGGAAUGGCAUAAUGAAAGACACAUUGAGGGAAGACUGUGAUAGCUCUGUAGAUUGCGUGAGAAACUGUUGCGUGUCCACAAUCAUUGCACCAAUAUUUUUUGUUGUAUUCGUACUUAUGGCGCAAUUUGUACUAGUCAACGUUGUAGUUGCAGUCUUGAUGAAACAUCUAGAGGAAUCACAUAAACAAAUGGAAGAUGAAAUGGACAUGGACGUUGAAUUAGAACGUGAGUUAGAACGAGAAGCAGACGACGAAGAAGACCGAGCUCUCUGUCGGGCGUUAGAGGAAUGUGUUUCCCCUCCACGCUCUUUGAACAAGGUACCGUCGCUGCCAGCAAAUUUCACUUAUAGUGAGCCGAAGCACCAGCAGUUUUCACCCGCACGCAGACGACGCACAUUACACUCACAUCACGCUUUGUUACCGGCUGCUUUACCACAAAGGAGAGCUUCCUUAUCCCCUCAUGCAUUUGGACGCCGUCGACAGGAUUCAUCAACAUCGGAAGUUCCUGCAGCUUUGUACGAAGAGGAUGCCCGCUUCAUCGAUGCAGAUGACGUUGAUGAAUUAGAACCCGGAAGUCCUCCACGGCGAGACUCCUUCGCUCAAAAUAGAAGACAACGGGUGGAUAAAAGAAACUCUCUACGCGGAGAGGAAGCCAGGUUAUUACGACCUGCACCAGUCUUACUUACAGUUCCUUCAAAUAGGCAGAGCUUUAGACGUAGUGGAACUAAAAGGAGAUCAUCAACAGAGUCAGCUGCAACAAGUGACGCAUCAUUUCGGUCCCAGUUGACACCAGAAAUAAGUGAUCAACCAAUAACCGAAGAAGAAAAAAUAAGAAUAGUAAUCGCAGAAAGGCGAAAAAUUGAUACGACAAGGCCGGAGUCCGAGGACGUGGAAUUAUCAGAGCGCGGCUCCUAGUCCAGGCAGGGCCGGCCGCAGCAACACCAUGAAGUCUACAUCUAAAUUUCCUAAACAAGGAAUGUAGAUGUGCCCCUUUCCAUGCAAUUCCCUAUCUCUUCCAAGGUGUGUUUAUGGGAAAGCUCAAAGAUUGGACUCGGUUCUUAAACAGUGACACAGUGAACAUUUACUUUGAAUUAACUUUUGUGAUAUGUGUCUUUGGAGUGUUUAAACUUUAAUUACUCAUUUCAAACCGAUUGAAUGACUGUGUUUGGUGUAACGUUUGAGAUUAUUAUUCCUUUUGCCACAUGUAAAAACCCUUUAUUUUCCCUUCGCGGCCGGUUCAGCUAACUUUACAAAGAGACUUCAAUAAAUUUAAGAUUUUUUUUUUUUUUAAAUUAGUUAGGUAGUUGUUAGAACUAGUCAAUUUGUGGUGGUGGGAUGUUUUCUACGAGUGCUAAAGUUUACUUCAUGACUUAUUUAAGUAAUUUAUUCGGUGCUUGCUGUUAAUAUUUGAUCUGUUAUUUAUAAAAUUAUGUUAAGUGUACUUGCGAACCUCAACGAAGAUUCAAUUUGUGUGUGUGAUAAUAAAUGUAAUUUCUGUUGAUGUAAGUAUUUACUCUAUUGUUAGGUUUAGUUUAGUUUAUGUUCUUAGGAGGGGUUUCGAAUCAUUGAAAUUAGUGUUUUAUAAAUCAACGAUUUUAAAAGCCUACCUUUCUAUUGUGAAAUUGUUUUAGCAUGAAUGUUUAGUUUUUAUCAUACCCACUUCUAGUAAAUGACUGUUUAGACUCGUAGUGAACUGUUUCUAGUUAGAACUAUGUCAAUCUAUUAGUAUUAAAAACAGAACCAAAAGUUCGCGAAUUGAGUGUUACUCUCUUUUAAGACGAAAAAUAUUUUCUGAAUAUAAAUGAAUCCUAUUUUCAUACCAAAUCAUGUACUUAUUUAGACGUUUACUGGCAAUACGCACAUGUAUUAGAAAGUAGAAUAUGUUCGACUGAACAUUACAAAAUGGAAAAAAACUACUCCGAUAUAAAAAACAAUGUGAACGAUAGUGAUCUGAAUAACCUAAGAUUCGAAUAAUAUUAGUGUUGCUAUAUAGUAAUAUCUAAUUUUUACUACUAGCGGUGCCAAAUUUACAUUGUAAAUUGAAAUUAUUUAAUCUAUUAUUUAGAUGUAAAUACAUUUCUUAUUUCCGAACUCAUUACCAAAGUUAAACGUAUGUAGCAAAUUAUUCGAAAGACACUUUCUGUGUUGGUCUCUUUUAUAUUUUAUUUAAAUCGUCGUUCUUGUUAUAGUAAAACGUAAUAAUUAGUUAGUGAAGUCAGCAAUAAAUUUUAUACUUCAACUGUGCCUUUCCUAUUUCUAAUAUAAUAUUAUUAGCUUGUGAAAUCGAUGGAAGAUAGACUCCAAACUUGAUGUAUUUUGUAGAGGUGACAUUAUAGAUGAUUAUUCGAUGUUACCGUACCUGUUAACUUUCUUAAUUUUUUAAAAUUGUACGAAAUUAUAAAGAGAUGACUUCUAAAAAUCCGACUUUAGCAUUCCGAAUUUUACCGUCACUUCGAUAUCUUCAACAAUAAUAGAUAUCUAGUAUUCUAAAUAUUAGUCGUUGCCACGAUAAGAUGUACUCAUAAGUUGUUGCGUUUAGUAACAGUCUUACAAUGUAAGCGGUAAGAUUUUUUUUCCUUUUUUGAUCAAAGAAUAUUAAAAAUUGAUAUAAAAUUAGAUAUAAAUAAUAAAAACUGUAAAAAAAUCGCAAAUUUCAUGUCCCUAAAUCGAUUAAUGAUUAAAAAAUUCUUAAAACUUUUUGUUGUUGUAUUUGGGUUUUUUCUGUGACGUAGUUUUUGAGAGAAUUUACAGCAUUAAGUGUACUUUUUAUCGUGUCAACGAGGCAUUAAAAAUUAGUACAAAAAAUAACUAGGUAAUUUUUUCCACUUAAAACCUAAUGUCUUCCACCAUCACCUGGUUUUUAAAUUUUUCUAUCUCAUCACAAAUUUAAUAGACACAUUAUGUGGAAAAUAGCUCUUGAUUUAAUCGAAAUUACCAGAAUAUGUAAAAUUCAUUGUCAAGCAAAAAGAAUUGAUUAAAUGGAAUUUAGUAAAACUAAGAAUAGUAUUUUCGUGAUAAAAGCACGUGAUAAAAUGUUUAAUUGUUUUUCGGAACUGACUAUAUGUUAAUUUUAAGUGGUAUGAACAAUGUUCAUUAUUUGAGUACACCUGUUAAAAUUUAGCUGGUGAUCUGUCAAGUUAAGAGAAUU